AUGGGCGCCUACAAGUGCAUCCAGGAGCUGUGGAGGAAGAAGCAGUCGGACUUGAUGCGCUUCCUCCUGCGGGUGCGCUGCUGGCAAUACCGCCAGCUCUCGACGCUGCACCGCGCCCCGCGCCCCACCAGGCCCGACCAAGGCGCGCGGGCUGGGCUACAAGGCCAAGCAAGGCUAUUAGUUUCCGUGCCGCUGACGCACGAUUGCGCGCACAGCUGGGCCGGCCGCGUCCUACGCAGCAGCCGCGAGCCGGGCAGCCGGUGCCAGACGGUUCCCGGAGGGGGGCAGGGGCGGGGCGCUGCAGGAGGCCAGGGACUCCCGGCGGAGGAGGUGCGGGCGGGGGGCCCCGGCCAGGCUGGGGGGCCCUUGGCGUUUGCGGGCUGCGAUAGGGCGCCACGGCUCUGA